GAGUCAGGGCUCAGUGUAUAAAACCUUGGGAGCUCCAGUGCUGCUCACAGAAGCCAGCAUCUCCUCUCCACACUCAGCCCCUUGUGCUUCAGGGCGCCCUUCCUGCUUAAACAAGAUGUCUCACCAGAAAAAGCAGCCCACCCCCAUGCCUCCAGUGGGCUUCGGGAAGACCUCCGGUGGUGGCGGCGGCGGCGGCGGCUCCGGUGGCUGCGGCGGCGGCGGCGGCGGCGGCGGUUCUGGCUGUGGAGGCUACUCCGGGGGCGGAGGCUGCUCCGGAGGCGGCGGAGGCGGCGGAGGAGGCUCCGGAGGCUGCGGAGGAGGUUCCGGUGGGAGCGUCAAGUACUCCGGGGGCGGAGGCUGUUCCGGGGGCGGCGGCGGCUCCGGCUGCGGAGGCUACUCCGGGGGCGGCGGCGGCGGCGGCUGCGGAGGCUACUCCGGGGGCGGCGGCGGCUCCGGCUGCGGAGGCUACUCCGGGGGCGGCGGCGGCUCCGGCUGCGGUGGCGGCGGCUCCGGAGGAGGUUCGGGUGGGAGCACCAAGUACUCCGGGGGCGGCGGCGGCUCCGGCUGCGGAGGCUACUCUGGGGGCGGAGGCGGCGGCGGCUCCGGCUGCGGAGGCUACUCCGGGGGCGGCGGCGGCUCCGGCUGCGGCGGCGGCUCCGGGGGCGGCGGCGGCUCCGGCUGCGGAGGCUACUCCGGAGGCGGCGGCGGCGGGGGCUCCGGCCAGCAGGUCCAGUGCCAGAGCUACGGAGGUGUGUCCGGCGGCGGCUCCAGCGGCGGCUCCGGCUGCGGCGGCGGCGGCUCCGGGGGCGGCGGCGGCUCCGGCUGCGGCGGCGGCUCCGGGGGCGGCGGCUCCGGCUGCGGAGGCUACUCCGGCGGCGGCGGCGGCGGCGGCAGCGGCUCCGGCCAGCAGGUCCAGUGCCAGAGCUACGGAGGUGUGUCCAGCGGCGGCUCCGGCUGCGGCGGGGGCUCCUCCGGGGGCGGCUCCGGCUACUUCUCGUCGCAGCAGACCACCCAGACCUCGUGCACGCCCCAGCAGAGCUACGGAGGCGGCUCCUCCGGGGGCGGCGGCGGCUGCUUCUCCAGUGGUGGGGGCGGCGGCGGCGGCUGCGGCGGCGGCUCCUCCGGGUCCGGGGGCGGCGGCGGCUGCUUCUCCAGUUGUGGGGGUGGCGGCGGCGGCGGCGGCGGCUGCGGCGGCGGCUCCUCCGGGUCCGGGGGCGGCGGGGGCUGCUUCUCCAGUGGUGGGAGCAGCGGUUCCUCCGGGGGUGGCAAGGGCGUCCCGGUAUGCCACCAGACCCAGCAGAAGCAGGCGCCUACCUGGCCAGCCAAGUAAGGCCGGUGGGAAGCCAUGGAGAAGAAAGAGCUGGAGGUGUUCUCCGUGGGCGCCAGUGGGUUUAGCGCUCUCACGAUAUUGCCCUGAGGUUCCCAAAUCCUUCAGGUGUUAACACCGGAGCCAUU